AACACAACAGUGGCUCGUCUGCCGUGGUCGAGUGAGGGUGUGUUGCGCGUCGCUCCCACCUUCCUGCCAAAUUUUUCAGAUAUGUUGCCUCCAACAAUAGUAUAUAUGUGAUGCAUUUAAGUUUGUUAUGAGGCUUAUUUGGUAUCAGGGAUUUACUUUCCGGAGAUCGUCGUAUAACUAUUUUCAAUUUACGGAAAUGUUAUGGAGACCUUCCAGUCGAAAAUGAAACAUUAUUAAAUUGCAGUAUUUUAUAUUAAUGGAAUGGAAACUACUCGUUGUCUUCAUUUUUGCGGGAAAAAUUGUACCUUAUUUGUGGUUCAUUCAUUAUUACUGAAGCUACAUACAAUCCGUCAGACAACGUUCAAAGAUGACUCAUAAAAUCCAAGAAUAUUUUAACAAAUCAAUAUUGAAUACUACAGAAUAUUAAAAAACCUGUUCGUAUGCGGAUUUCUAUACGUGUAUUGGCGAGUGUUUAUGUGAAAAUAGAAUGAACAGAAGUCAAGUUUAGAAAGUCUAUGAAAUCUUGAAGUCAAUAUAUUACCAGCCUAAACAACUUGCGUUGACACAUAUACGUGAGUUGGAAAUCGUAAGUGAUAGAGUACAGGAAUUAUACGUGUAAUACUUGACCAGAUCUUAAAUAAUUCACGUUUGUGAUUCGGAAGGUUGAACUGACUCAGUAGUUAGGGAAGAAUUACACUAUGGCUCGUUAAAUGUUCGUUUCCCUGACAUUAAUGUUGUUCAGUGGUAUAUAAUAUAAGUCACUUUAUCCUUGUAGACUAGAAAACAAUGUUAUUACGUAUGGAAAGACACACCUUAUGUAAUAAUUAUUUUAUUCUCCUCACAAAAUUAUAAUAUUCAGUCAUUGUGGACUUCUUAUUAUAUGUUAAAUUAAUUUGUUUGGUGAAUAUUUAGUUGAAUAUUUAGUACUGGAGUUAAAAUUAUGUGAACACAUUAUUUAAAGUAGCAUACGUCAACAGUGGCACAUAAUGUACUCAACAAAUUGUGGUUGCAAGGGUCGAGAGACAGAUCCUCUGUGUGUGUGUUCUUGUAGAAUAGAUAAUGAGCUGUAAGUGAAUACUAUUAAUAUCUUCUUAUGACUUGUAAAACGUCUUAAAACUGCAGUUCGAACAAAAAUUCUGGAAACCAUCAUUAAAAGUAAAAAUAUGAAAGAAAAAACUGAGAUGUACUUUUGCAUAAAUUAUGUAUUAAUCGUUGGUAUGACUGGCGACUCAUGAUCACUGAAACGUCCUUAGUACCACAAGGGGGCAGUUUUGUACCCGUUCACUUUGGCGACCAAUGACCUGCCUCCAGGAAUAUAAUUACAAGAACGUGGAGACUUGAUCAUCAUGGUUCCUUUCUUCCUCCUAAUCUACACUUCAUUACUGCAGAACAUCGACGCUGCUACACUGGAAUCUAUAAAUACUGGACCCUUGUUCAUAGCACAUGUAGUGGAGGGAGGAAGAGCAAAGUUGGCGUGUGACGUGGUCACUGUGGACACCAGUGAUCGUGUUGUUCUCGUUCUCUGGUACAAGGAUGGUAUUGGGGCUCCUAUCUACAGUUAUGACUCCCGGAAGCACAGUGUCCAGGACGCUAGGAACUGGGCUGACGAAAAGAGCUUGGGUGGACGGGGUCACUUUGAUUUACACACGACACCGGCUUCACUAGUUCUGGACAACAUUCGGCCCACAGACGAGGGCCUUUACCGAUGUCGAGUUGACUUCAAAAAAAGCCCAACUAGGAACGCCAGAACCAACCUCACAGUCAUCAUUCCUCCAAGUAAUCCUGUCAUCGUUGCUGAACAGGGACGACCUCAGGUGGGUCCUUAUAAUGAGGGAGACUCAAUGACACUCACUUGUGAAGCCAAUGGAGGUAAGCCUCCUCCCAGGGUCACCUGGUGGAUGAAGGGAGAGAUGGUUGACGAUUCAUUUGAGUCUCCACGUGCCAACACUGUCAUCAAUACAUUUACCUUGGCCAGACUGACUCGUGCACAUUUGCAAAGUGUCCUGCUGUGUAGAGCUUCCAACAGCGAGCAUACCACGCCUGUCCAGAACUCCAUCACUAUUGAAAUGAAUUUAAAGCCGCUGUCAGUCAAGCUCCUGGCCUCCCGCGAGGCCAUCUCUGCCGGCAAAGAAUAUGAGAUUGUGUGCCAGAGCGUCGGGGCGCGACCCCCGGCCUCCAUCACCUGGUGGCUGGAUGGUACCCAGCUCACCAACACUACCAUCUCUACGGCGAGCAAUGGGAAUGUCACACUUAGUAAAGUACUACUGGUUCCUAGACACACUGACGGAGGCAAGUUACUCAAGUGUGUGGCAGUGUCUCCUGUUAUAGAACACCAACCUCUGCAUGACCAAUGGAAACUCGACGUCCAGUACACUCCGCAGGUGCACCUUGCGAUAGGCAGCAGCCUGAGUGCAGACAAGAUAAAGGAAGGUGACGAUGUCUACUUUGAGUGCAAUGUCAGAGCUCAUCCCCACGUCUACAAAGUCCUCUGGUACCAUAACGGAAUGCAGGUGCAACACAACGUGUCAGUGGGGGUGAUCAUCAGCAACCAGACACUGGUGAUCCAGAGGCUCCGUCGACAACACACUGGUCUCUUUACCUGUGUUGCUUCUAACAUUGAGGGAGAUGGACAGAGCAAUGCAGUCAUCCUUAAUGUUCAGUAUGCCCCUGUGUGUGCUGCUGGGCAGAUCCACGUCUACGGCGCCGCAAAGAACGAGGAGGUGUUGGUCACUUGUCGUCUGGAAGCCGUGCCUCCAGUUGUUAGUUUCUUCUGGAGAUUUAACAGUAGUGGUGACGUAGUUGACAUUGCAGAGAAUCACGUAGCCAUGCAGGGACUCCAGUCCUCUCUGUCCUAUGUAGCUCGUACAGAGCUGGACUAUGGUACGUUACUCUGCUGGGGCAGAAAUGCCCUUGGCAGACAGAAGAUACCCUGCUCUUACAAGGUAGUUGCAGCUGGUAAACCCAACCCUCCUGAAAAUUGUAAUCUUACUAACCAGACGAUGGAGACACUGAAAAUACAUUGUAUCCCUGGCUACAAUGGUGGUCUUGUGCAGUGGUUUAUUAUUGAGGUUUAUGAGGCAGAGAAUACACGACUGCUACUCAACAUUACAGAAAACUCCGCCCCGGUCUUUUUCUUACGAGGGCUCGAACCCGGGACUUCAUACGUCAUCCAUGUUUACGCUGCCAAUGACAGAGGUCCAAGCGAGAAAAGGUAUUUAACUGGCUACACUAUUAAGGACAUCGCAGAGAGACGCACUGCCCAGAUACGUCCUCCUCCAGAGCAGCUGGAAUCCAUCACUCCCAUUCUGGCGGUGGUUAUGGGAGUCGUGGGAUCACUAGUACUGGUGGCUGUGGUGGCAGUAAGUGUGGUUAACCUCAAGAAAAAGAGACGUGGAGAGAGAAAGAACAUAACUCUGCCUCUGCAAACAUCACUGGCUGAUACUCGGGACCUUGACGACAAGAACCCCGACCUCAUCCCUUUCAACGGCAACAGUGAGACGGAGAACAAAAGUCCCACUACUCCUGAGGAAGGUGGAUUCCGCAGCGUCCAUGUCUGUACCUCCGUCCCUUAUGAGAGCAAUGUUUGCGGCACUUAUUCCAGGACGCCUUCAUCCAUAUCAACAACAAAUCCUCAGAAUCUGGAGGUGAAUUAUGCUGAGUUAUCCUUCCCACACAGCUGCCGUCACUACCCUAAUGCCAACUUCUCUCGCCGCAAGACAGAGCCCACUAUAUAUGCCCAGAUAGACCAUGCCAUGCCAGGUGCCCCUGUGUCUAUGGGCGUUGUUCCUGUACACAGAGCUGGCAGCAGUAGACUUGUCCUGGGUUCUGCAGGUGGCCUGAUAGGAAACAGCCUUGGUGGCAGUGUGGCUGGCGCAGGUACAGACAUCGUGGGUGAGACAGAGGAUAUCAGUUUAGUGGGAAUGAGUAGUAGCGUGUGUCGUGCAAGCAAUAUGGUAGUGGGUUCCAUGUGUCCUCAAGUGCCUGCUUUUGGAGGUCUGGAUAAUUUCGCCUACACCUUGCCCACACUUCCCCCACAUGGAUUUCAAGGACACUUGACGACCCCACUUAUUUUACAUCAAGAAAACGAACAGGUCACAGUAAAGACACCCCUCAUGAACCACCACAAAGAAAGUGAAGUGUGACCCAACACCAGAAGUCUGGUCUUAGGUCACAGCUCACUGUGUAAGCCAGUAUUAUAAUUUGGUUUACCUUGCAGAAAUGUGUCAGAAACUGGUCUUGAUGCCCUUUGUAUAACUCUUGACUGGAUCUUCAAGUUUUAUCUAAUUAAUUUAAUACUGGAACAAAAACAACAGUGCCCACCAGUAUAAGUUGCAACUCACCGUUGUGUAUAUCACAGCUGACGACAAAAUUAAAUUUCUCUCGAUUAAUACAGGUUGUAAACAAAACAAAAUUCAGUACAUGGAUUACUUAACUAAUAUUGUUCUGUAAUUGUGUUUCGUAAAUAUUAAAUGUGGAGAGCAACCACAUUUAUAAUACUGAAGCAAACCUGAAAGACUUCAGCCUCUAACCCUACACACAGAUUUAUAAAUUUGUAUACAUUGAUCUGUGAGUUAAAAUGUUAAUGAGCGUCAACUGAGACUUAAUCUGCCGAGGAAACUGUAUGAUUUACCGAAUGAAAGUUUUUAUUGUGAGAUCAAAACUCAUUAGUUGUUGGGCUGUGUAACCCACGCGGGUUAUAUAGCGCCUCCAUGAUGUGAAGAAAUCAAGUUUUAUUCGAGGACGGGAAAGUAGUUCCAAUUCCUUUGAUCGAGAGCCCUUCAACAUCAAUGAGCCCCUAUGAAAGAUCAAAACAGUCACUAAAUUAAAAAUAUAUUUAAUGUUUGUUGAAGCCAUACAGCGCCUAGGAAAUGGGAAAAAAUUAUACUUGAUUUAGGGAAUGGAAGAGUAGCUCCACUUCCUUGAAUGAAGAGCAUUUCACAAACAACAAUUCAACCUUCUCUGAGGGGGUUAUUUUUCAAGAAAAAUCUGAAUGAUUUCAAAAACUCACAUUAAUAAUAAUUCUGAUUCGUCCUAAAAAAUAUUCCUCUGUUGUUUUCACGAUUAUUCAAAUUUAAUUCAUAAAACUUUGUCAUAUGCAGUAAUUCUUACCAUCAAAACAUUUAAGAUAAUGCAUCUAAGAACUCUAUUGUAGAUAAUGAGAUGGACUUAAAAACUUAAUUUCUUGUGCAUUCUUCCAUAUGUGGGAGUGAGAGAGUCGCCAGACAGGUGGGUGAAAGAUGAGGUGAUCCAGAGAACAGACGAAGGUAAGAAAAAGGUUGCAUGUUGAAGUGUGUAUGGAGAGAAUGUUGUAGAUGAAUGGUUCAGAGAACCGACACGUUGAUAAAUUAGACACAUGUGCAACUCUUGGUCAUCUUUA